GUGUGUGUGAGCAGCCCUGAAAGUACAGCACGGGCUUGAUGAUGAAGUGAGUGGCAGAAAAGAAAGAAAACCGUCCGUGGGGAAGCGGCGCUCACUCGAGUCGAGGUGUGGGUGGGCGAUGUGAACAAAUCCUGCUCGGAUCAGAUCUUGUUUCGGGGCCGAGCAGCAGGCUCGAGGUGAGGGAGCAGGACUUUUCCGAGCCUGUCGGUGCUCACGCUGGACAUCAGAUGACCAACUUCUGAAAAGUCGAUCCGCUCGAGACAUCACAACAACAUCAUGGCUGUCUCCUCACCCUCCUCUCACCUCCUGAUCCUUCUCCUAAUUUCCUGCCUGGACUGGCCGUCGACUCCAGCUUCGGCGUUUCUUUUGGACCGGGACCACAUGACAACAUCAGCUCCCACUGAGCCUCAUUUCACUGAAUGCAUCUCCAGGGAGCAGGAGACAUUUCGCUGUUGGUGGAGUCCAGGCACCUUCCAGAACCUGUCCUCCCCUGGAGUACUCCGAGUCUUCUACCUGAAGAAAGACUUUCCAACCAGCGAAUGGAAAGAGUGUCCCCAUUAUAACUAUUCAAACAGGGAAUGUUUCUUCGACGUGAACCACACAUCUAUUUGGAUCCCCUACUGCAUGCAGCUGCGCAGCCAAAACGCCACCUUUAUUAAUGAGGACGAUUGUUUCACAGUGGAAAAUAUUGUACGUCCAGACCCACCAGUGUCUCUAAACUGGACCCUCCUGAACAUAAGUCCCUCUGGGCUAAGUUAUGAUGUCAUGGUCAACUGGGAGCCCCCGCCCUCUGCAGACGUCGCGGCGGGCUGGAUGCGCCUUGAGUAUAAAAUCCAGUACAGAGAGAGAAAUGCCACAAACUGGAAAUCAUUGGCAACUCAGCCGCACACUCACCAGGGAAUCUACGGUCUGCACAUAGGCAAACAGUAUGAAGUGCAGAUCAGCUGCAGGAUGCAGGCCUUCACUAAGUUUGGAGACUUUAGUGACUCUAUCUUCAUUCACGUGACUGAGAUUCUCAGUGGAGAGAGUACGUUCCCGCUCACAGUUGUUCUUGUUUUCGGGAUCGUGGGCAUCCUCAUACUCAUCAUGCUGAUUGUCAUCUCUCAGCAGCACAGAUUCAUGAUAAUUAUUUUACCACCAGUUCCUGCACCCAAAAUUAAAGGCAUUGAUCCAGAGCUGUUGAAGAAGGGGAGGCUGGACGACCUGAAUUUGAUCCUGAGUGGUGGAGGUAUGGGUGGCCUGUCCACCUAUGCACCAGAUUUCUACCAAGAUGAGCCAUGGGUUGAGUUCAUCGACGUGAAUGCUGAGGAUGCAGAUGCUGGGGAGAAGGAGGACAACCAGGGCUCAGACACCCAGAGGCUCCUUGGCCUGCCCCAACAUGUCAGCCACCACAUGAACAGUGGAUGCUCCAACACCAUUGGCUUCCCUGAUGAUGACUCAGGCAGGGCCAGCUGUUACGACCCAGAUGUUCUCGACCAUGACACCCUAAUGAUGAUGGCCACUCUGUUGCCAGGCCAACCAGAGGAUGAAGAAGCCUCCCUCGCUGUUGAAGUGGACUCCCUCGCUGUUGAAGAAGGAGUCUCAACCUCAGAGAGGACCCUCAUCCAAACCCAAACCACAGGACCCCAGACUUGGGUCAACACAGACUUCUACGCCCAGGUCAGCAACGUCAUGCCCUCUGGAGGCGUGGUGCUGUCUCCUGGCCAGCAACUCCGCAUCCAGGAGAGCACCUCAGCCACUGAGGAGGAAACACUGAAGAAAGGGAAAGAGGGCGAAGACAACGAGGGGACCGCGGAGAAGAAGCAAAAAGAGCUGCAGUUUCACCUGCUGGUCGUGGAUCCCGAGGGAAGUGGCUACACCGCAGAGAGCACUGCCCGGCAAAUCAGCACUCCCCCUUGCUCCCGCAUGUCCGGUGAGGGGUACCAAACCAUACACCCGCAGGCAGUGGAGACCAAACCUGCAGCCCCAGUAGAAGAUAACCAAUCAUCUUAUAUUGUUCCUGACUCUCCCCAGUCCCAGUUCAGUGCUCCUGUUUCAGACUAUACAGUGGUGCAGGAGGUGGACACUCAGCACAGUCUGCUCCUCAACCCACCUCCCCGUCAGUCUCCCCCUCCCUGCCUGCCACAGCACCAACUCAAGACCCUACCUGCUAUGCCUGUAGGGUACAUAACCCCAGACCUGCUGGGGAACCUCUCACCAUGAAAUGACAAUGUGAUUGGACCUAAGGGUGCAAGGUUGAUUAACUAGGAAGUCCCCCAUAUUCACAAAAGCCUGUUUCGACCUAAUUCCUGCUGGAAACCAAAAAACCUGUAGCACACAGUGUGAUGAGCCUUUAAAGGUGUUUGUUUUCAGAGGGUACUGAAAGGGAGACAUGAGCUACGAGUUGUUGACUCUGCCUCGUCAGUUAAUGUGAUAUGGAGGUGACCGAACGUACGUGUUAGAAAAACCCUGUGGCUGUAAUGAGUCCAAAAAAAGUAUUAGCUCACUUCACUCCAGUCUCAUUGCAUCCUCUGGCUAAUUGUGUUUGGAGCAAUGACAUUACUGAAGUCUUAAUCUUGCUGAGACAUGUCAGUGUAUGAUUGACUGGGAGAAGAGAAGCACACUCUCGUCAUGCGUUUCACCCCCCAACACCAUGAAGAAGUCAUUGCUGUCGUUGAUACCUCUUGCUGGUGGAGAUGUUCAAAUCAUGGCUUAUUUUGUAUUCUUAAAUUUCUUAUUUCAUCUUGUCAUCUUAAAAGCACUUAGCUAGAAAUAUAUAUUUUUAUACGAAAAGAUAAAGCAAGAAUCGGCCCCUAAAUACAGUUCCAAACACAUCUAUGCAGUUUUACCUUACAUUCUUGGCUUCAUUUUGUUUCGUGGUAUGAUGGUUAAAUUUUAAUGAAUAAAUUGCCAAACAUAGGACGUUUUCAGACUUAAACUCCGAAAGGAUGUCCACAGGAUUGGUUCCGUACUUUCUUUGCUCGGAUGCGUUCAGGACAACACAGAAAUGUGAGUGUUCAGGUGAAGGACGUAACAUAUAAAUUCCGCUGCGGCGAUCACAUGUUUUUGUUUACAUCUAUACCAGCUUCAGUCCUAAUUGCCAGAAACUCUCUUAACAUCUUGGUGUAAGUCUUCUACGUGUGUGGCAUAGAUUUUUCAUCUGAAGAUAUUUGUUUUCUUUUAGUUUUUUUUUAAUUUUUGCAUGUUGGAAACAUCUUGUUCACUCCCACUCGCUCGCGGUGAAUCCUGUGUAAGAUUUCCUGCUACAGUCUGCAGACUUUAUACUUGGGGGGGCUGGCUGAAGAAAGUCUGGAGGCUCUCACUCUGACAUUUGCGUUCUCACACACAGCCUCUCCCUAGAGUGUCUGGAGUUCAGUGUGUGUCUGAAAGCAGCUAUACACUACAAAUUUACAACAAACAAAACACUUUUAGUAUUGCUGUUAAACUGCUUUCCUUCCUUGGGGGGUGUUGAAAGGCAUUCUGGGAAGUGGAUUAGCAAGUGAGGUGACAAAUAAAAGGGAAAUGACAACAUUUUAGCACAAACUGAUUCCGGAAAUGCAUUGAUAAUAUAUAACAGUCUGAUUAUACAUGUCCCCAACAUGGAGUUUAUAUUCUUUCAUUUUAUUUUGACAUGCACACUGUACUGUGAACAUACAUCACUUACAGUACUCAUCAACAUUUCUUAUAGUAUGUGGAAUGGUCUACUUAGAUUCAGUCACAGCUGGGAGCCGCUCAGUACAAAUAGUGCCGUACUACCACCAAGUGCCUUGCUUAAGGGCAUGUUAUUUUUCCACAAGGGAACACCUGGUGGUUUGGGAGAAAAAUAAAUACUGCAUUACACCAGACAGCAACAGCAAUCAAGUCUCACUUUUUCAAGCAGCACUCACUCCCUCACAAUCCAUCACUUUAAACAUGAUACCUUAGAGUCUAAGCUUUCAACUUGAGAGAUUUACUCCUCUCAUGUUGCAUCGUUAUUGCAGGGACAGUGACUGGAGCAAGUUGAGAGACUGUGAAAGUGUGUAAAAGCUGUAAUUAGCUAACAUUUUAUACUUAUUUACUGCCAAGUACACCGUGUUAACCACAUGUGCUGUGAUAGUGUUAUUGGCUUGCCUUAUACGUGUGCUGAGGCAUGCAGAUGUCAUUGGGAUUUGUGCACUUAUGCAUUGCUACAGUAUAUUCUGUAUAUGUACUGCUAUGUAGGUGAAGCCUCUCUGCAUAGAUUGACUACGAAAAGCAUGCACAUGCACUUACGCAGUAACAUGCAUGCACACACACACACACACACACAAACACACACAGCUACAUAAUAAAUAUUUGCCUUAAUUGACUGAUUUAAUUUUGCCUUCCUGACAUAGGCAUUAGCAUUAUGAUCUAAAAAUAGUCUAAGAAAAUAGUUGUGAGGAUGUUGAUUGUCUGAGGCCAUUCAACUGUAAUUUGCAUGUUACUCUUGUAAAACUGACCACUAUUUCCAAACGAAAAUGCUGAUCAGGGCCAGAAGGGCUGAGAUCCAGGUUCUGGUAUGAUAGAGUGAAAACAAAAAAGUAGAUUUAAUUCGGCACAUGUAUGGAUUUAUAGUUAUUUUAACCUUAUGAUAUUCUUAUAAUAAACAUGUUUAGGGUAUCGUUUUGGCAGAAUCUGUCUCCUAGUCACUGAGCUUGCUCUUGGUUCGUCAACAGUGUUUGGCUGUGUGGCUUUGUAUGUUUUCAUUCUUUGAAUUAUAGACAUUGACAAUAUGCCUGUGACACACACAGCAGCAUAGCACACUGUACACAAUAAGCUACAUUAGUAAAGGUUGGGCCAUAUGCAUGUUGUGUUGCGACACAAUGAACUUUCAUUUGCGAAUGAGUCAGAGAUGAACACAUCUCAUUAUAAACAAAACAUACUUCGCAGUGAAAAGAAAAAAAAACCAUAUCCUGCCUUUGAAUUAUCCUUUUGAUAAGCAGGCCAGGGACUCACAUAGAAACGGUCUAUUUUGUAUCAGACAAUCCCAUAAUGUUGAGAGACAAAGCAAGAGCCAUAGAAUGACAAUAAAGAAAAUGUGAAUAUAAUAAACUUGCCAUUUCUCUCUUCUCUAUACCUCUCCUUUUUUUAUUUGAAGAGCUCAGUGUUCUGUUGUUGCUGCCUUUAGUGCUGAUGAUACCAGCAAGUCAAUGCUGUUGCAGAAAUGUCUUAAUAUAUUUACUAGUGCUGUAAAAUUACAGGUAUAUAUUUUUAAAACGUCAUUAAUGUUUCUAAUCACAACAUGUUGCUGCUCGGUACAUGAACCUUUUCCUGCAUAAAGCCUUACUCUGGUAGGAGGGUGUCAUCUAACACUUUAAAUGCUGAGGUGAUGAAAAACCUGCCAAAUGGAUGAUACUGAUUUCUGGAAAUGUGUUACAGCAACAAUCAGACAGUUUUUUUCCCACACGAUGCUCAUCCGACUCCCACCAUUCCCAUCCAAAGAUCCCCAGAAGGCUUUCUGUUUAUAUGAAGGAAGAUCAGACAAUAGAAAAAGUACUGCUAAGCUUUUAUUGUUUUCUUUUUCCAGAUGUACCCUGGUGAUUGUGAAUGUGUGCAAACUGGAAGAAGUGAUGCAAUUAUGAUAAUGAGGAAACGUUAUAAAAAUAAGGAGGAGCGGUGGUGCUUUUUAUUACAGGUGUUUACUGCAUUGUGUCUGCAUCUUUUUUCAUUUUUGUUGCCAUUACCAGUUCACAAUGAGCUAAUUCUUAAUGUAGUGUAAAAGUUUGCAAUGGUUAUUUCAAGCUUAUAAAUGUUACAACAAACUUUAGAGCAAGCACUUUGUACACAUACAGUGUAUGUCUGAUCUUUUAAAAUAGUAUUCAGAUUUUGUAUAUCGGACAAUAUCGAGUCUAUGAAUUACAUGUUAUUACAAGCAGAGUUAUAUAUAUAUUUUUUUUCUUUCAGCACAAUAAUCUGAUUUUGAGGACCCUUCAGUAUCGGUAGAGUUAAGUUUUGUUCAACAGAGUUUAUGUUCAUAGGAUUUUUUUUUACACUACUAGAUUGUUAGGGUGAUGUACUGUAAUGGAGUAUUUAAUAUUUGCUAAAAGAUUUUUGGAUAGAUGAUAGAGCAGAUAGUCUUUGAGAGAAAAUUGUUCUACUGUAACUCUACCUUUGUCGCACGUCUCCCGCUAUGUGAUUUCAGCAUUUUCAUGAUAAAAGUGCAUUUAAAUGGGGCUGAAGUGUUUUAUAAUGAUUUGUCCUGACCAUGUUUUUUUGUGUCGGUUGAAGGGUGGCUUUUGUCACCAUGCUUAGCCUUGAAAUUAUCAUGAGCGCUGGAAUCUGUGCUGGUUUUUAAUCUUUAUGUCAAAAUAAAAGAGACUCAUGCCAGAUAAACAGUUGGAUUCUCUGUAGUAUAUAUGCUUUUUUUUUAAUGAAUAAGUUCAGUGGCUCCGAUCUUUAUUUCUGAUCGUGUUUUAUUUAUUUGUUUGCUCAGAGCCCUCCCAUCACCCUACUACCUGCAGUGGACAGGCAGCAUGACUCACAUGUGCUGUUAUUCUCUGAGGUGUGUUGUUCAGGCUCACGGCACCAGAAAUAUCCCACAUGUCAGAAUUGAGGACAGCUGCAUUGCGUUCUCCAGUGUUAAAACAUCAGUUUGCAUUGGCCUGACUAAUUGAUUAUGACUUCACUAUAUUUUUUUGCCCUCCUGACCUUGGAGCCACUGUCCUUGUCUGUUCGCUGUUGUUUUACUCGAGGCAGAGUGUUGAACGUUGAUUAUUUGAUAUUGUUCUCUUACCAGUUGAGCCUUUCUGGUGUUGUAUGUGUGAUCGAUAAGCUCUCAAAAAGUAACUCAAUAAAUGUACAUAC